AGAUUGAAGACAUUUAGAAAUUAUCUGGUGGCGUUGUAAUAUUGGUUUUGUUUACAUGGUUAACUUUGAGGACAUAAAAAUAUUCAAAUUUACAGAAGAAUAAUGGCAUGGAUGCUUAUUUUCUAAAGAGUUGCAGCAGGCUAUUUUAGACCAAAGUCCAGAUAUGGAGAUCGGAAAGCAACUGAAAAACUCUUCAAAAGGAAAACUGAUUUACAAAACGAAUCCCCGUAAUAUCAAGGAAAUAUUGGAUGACGCGGCGAGUCCAUAUCAGCUGCAGCACUCUCAUCUUGAAAGGCCGACACACGUACAAGGAAACAAACUAUAUGAGGAUAAGAAAGACAUUGUCGCAACAGACAAAUCAAAGAAACAAGCUGCAGAAAAAAGUCAGUCGGAUGAAAAAUUGGUGUCAAAAGAAAAGAAAACGAAAUAUUCGUGUGUAUCUCUGAUCACAUUAGAUUCAUUAGCAUCAGGCUCCAAGUCCGAGAAGACAGUUGUUUCUCCAGAGUUCGGAAGAACUGUCUGUAUGAUCAAGGAAUGCGAGAGAAUGUGGGACAACAAAGCCAAAGCAGCUGCUCAGGCAAAGCAAGAGGCAUUCAAUGAAAAGACGAAACGACUGCACCAAUCGUCUCAACAGAAGCUUCAAGAACAGGAGGAAAAUUUCACCAAUCGAAUGAAACAACUUUAUGAGCAGACCAGUCAGCUCCACAAGAAAGAGAUGGCUGAAACUGUUAGAAAUGUAACUAAGCUUAAAGAAGACCACAGUACUCAUUCUAAGAGAUUAGAUGACAAACUUCAAGAGGGUGACAGAAAACGGAGAGAGAUAGCAGAAGAAGAGAGAAAAAGACAGGAAGAAAUGCAGACCAGACAGAUUUCCAUGCAGAAAGUUCACUCCGAGUUGAAGACAAUGAUAGAGCAGUUUCACAAUGCGUACAACGGCUGUGCAUACAAACAGUAUUUCGGUGACUUAGUUAACAAGUCGGUGAACUUAAUGAAGCAGAUAAAAGAAACAGCCGAUCUGAUCAUCAACAGAAAGGACCCGUCGGAAGACCUCAGCGAAAAGCUCAGCAACAUUUUAGAUCGUGCCAAGAAUGCCUAUGACUGCUUAAAACAACACAUAGAUGAAGCUAACAAAAAAGGAAAGGCUGAAGACGAAGCCAGACAAAAGUUAGCUGAGCAGGAAGCUCAAAUCAGAGAGGCGCAGGCGUCGAAUACAGCACCGGAACCCGUGCAAGAACAACAACCUUCAGCCACUGCAUCUGUAAAUUCUGUGAAAGAUGAAGAAACUGGACAGACCACUCCUCGGUCACCGGAAGAGAAACGGAAACGAUCUGUUAUAGAGGAGGUUGUGAAGGAUUUUAUCGAAAGCCGCAUGCAUGUGAAUGAAGUAGACAAGACUUUGGCUAAUUUUGUUAAUAACUCACAGAUGAAAAAGUACAAGUUCAGCCUGCAGAAAGCCGUGAAUGUUCCCGUCAAUGCCAUCGCACCACAGAGCGGAACUCACCUGCGCUCUCAGAUUCAGAAACUCCUUCACCUGUUGAGUGGUAGCCAGGUGGAGGUCUCAGGGAAACACGUAUCAGCCAAAGAAGUCCCAGAAGGCCUGCUUUUCUGUAAACACCUCAUUGCUAAAAUGAUAGUGAAAAAGGCAGAGGAGCAAGUGACAUCCAAUCAUGAAUCAGCUUUCUCCAUUGCCAUGGUAGCAGUCGGUCUCUGGCAGGAACACGCUGACCUCGGCAAAAUGUUGCUGCAUCACUUCUAUGUUUCCUGCCCUUACAUUAUCCCGUAUUACAUGCCACGGCAGGAUGGCAUGACCCUGGAACAGUACCACAGAGUUCUUGGUUACAAAGUCGAAGGCGGCAGCAUUGAAGCACAGGACAAGUUCCUCAAGAGGAUGUCGGGACUGAUGAGACUUUAUGCUGCCAUUCUGAUUUCCUCCCCUCCCAAGACGAACCAGCCUCACCCUCACGGAAUAGAGCACGCCUGGAUCUGGCUGACACGCAUUCUGAACAUGGACCCACAGCCCGACAUCACUGCUACCAUGACCUUUGAUCUGCUACAGGUGACCGGACAUGACCUGUUCGGCAACUACAAAAUGCAGUUUGUGAAACUCGUGUAUCUCCUGUACAAAGACCUUCUGCCGAAGAUGAAGAACAUUGCAGCCACAGGUGGACCUGUUGCUAGACUAGAAAACUUUCUGGAAACUCUUCUAAAGAACUUGAAGAACAGAAUGGCACCACAGCAACCAGAUGGCUACCUUCCUCCUGGAUUCUGGUUUUCUUGAUAGUUGGUGUUACGUUAACAAAAAAAAGCCAAAAACCCUGGUAAAACAUGCACACAAAAGCAGAACAAGAUUUAUUUUAAAACAUUUUGUAUGUUGUUGAUUUAUGUGUACAUAAAUUUCUAGAUUAAAGAAAACAAAAAUUAUGCAUUGUUAACCACAAUGAUUUUUGGGUAUUCAACUAAA